CGGCGCUCUCCAGAACCGUAUAAAGUAUACCGCCAUCGAUAGUGCGUAUGUUACUGGACGCCUAGGCCGCUCCAUUCCGAAGUCAAUUGUAAGCGUUCCCGCCGUGCUUUCAGUACUUCUUAGCAUAUGAGUACCUCCGGUCUAUGCUCUUGAAUAUUCUGUACUCCUCUUGCUUGUCUCCGUCUCUUGAGGCUUGUGUAACUUGGCGCUUGAGCUUGUACAAACUCAGUUCUGGCAAUAUGGGGUUCUUUGGUAAGAGAGCCAACGAUGCUCCGCCUGAGAUCUUGAACUGGAGGCUAUGGUUUGGUGUCUUUGUGUUCGGCCUCAUGGGCGCCGCUCGUGGUCUUGACGAAGGUCUGAUUGGCACAACCGCAUCGCAGAAGAGUUUUAGCAAGCUGUUCGGCUUGAAGAGCACUCACCUUACGAAGAUCGAGCAAGCCAACCUGCUUUCCAAUAUCACUUCCAUGGUGCAGUUAGGAUCUGUCCUUGGCGCAAUCGUUGCAUUCUACUUCACGGAUAAGAUUGGCCGCUUGUGGGCUACGAGGCAACUGUGUGUUAUCUGGAUUAUUGGGAUCGCCAUUUUCGUGAGUGCGUCUACGAAUGGAAGCAUUGGUAUGGUAUACACUGGACGCUUCAUCGCUGGCGUGGGUAUCGGCCAGACAACCGUUGUUGCACCCACCUACUUGGCGGAGAUCUCGCCACGCUUCACUCGGGGCCUGUGUGUCGGCAUGUUCUCUGGAGCAGUGUAUCUCGGCAUCAUGCUGGGCUACUUUGCAUCCUGGGGCUGCUCGAUCCACGUCAGUAAUACCAACCAGCUGCAAUGGGUGUUGCCGAACUUGAUGCACAUCUACUUCGCGACCAUCAUCUUUGGACUCUCCUUCCUUGCCAUCGAGUCACCAAGGUGGCUUGUCAAGGUCGGACAGCACGAACGGGCAACGAAGAAUCUGUCUAAGCUCCGUGGCCUUGCACCUGACCACUGGUACAUCCAAUCCGAGCUGAUGGACAUCCGCGAUCAAUUGGAGCGCGAGCGAGAAGCCACAAUGGGCACCAGUUGGCUUGGACCUAUCCGCGAGCUGGUCACGAUUCCGCGCAACAGCUACUGCUUGUUCCUGUCGAUCUUCGCUCAACUCUUGGGACAAUGGUCCGGUGCGAACAGUAUCACCAUUUACGCUCCACAGUACUUUGAAUUAAUGGGGACAACGGGCCAGAACGAGAAGCUGUUCGCUACCGCAGUUUUCGGCGUGGUGAAAUUCGUGUCGGCCAUGAUCUGCGCGCUGUUCCUGAUAGACUUCAUCGGACGCAAGCGCAGUCUCAUGACUGGCAUUUCGUUGCAGCUGAUUGCCAUGCUUUACAUGGCACUCUUCCUCGUCAUUGAUCAGACUGUCGGCAACACGAACGUGGAACAGUCCGCAAGCCAGAGGAGCGCCGCUAAGGGUGCCAUCGGCAUGAUCUACAUUAGCGGCUUUGGAUGGGCAAUGGGCUGGAAUAGCAUCCAAUACCUCAUCAACUCCGAGAUCUAUCCGCUCCGUCUCCGUGCCAUUGGCGCCUCCAUUGCCAUGACAUUCCACUUCGUUAACCAAUACGGUAACAGCAAGGCUGUCCCAGAGAUGUUCAUUACUCUGACCACAGGCGGUACGAUGUUUUUCUUCUCGGCUGUCACGCUGCUUGGUCUAGGCUGGGUCUGGUUCUUCCUCCCUGAGCUUGCCAACAAGAGUCUCGAGGCUGUUGAUGCGGUCUUCGAACUCCCGUGGUACUUGAUCGGCAGAAAGGGCAAGGAACUGACAGAGGGCCUUGGUGGCGCAGUCGAGAACUUUGGAGAAGCGAAGGCAGGCAUUGACGCCGUGGAAGAGGUUGGAGAGGUGGAGCACAAGGCAUGAUCAGACCAUCGCUUUAACCGAGUCAAGUGACGUUUGCUGCUUUACCCAUCUGCUUCUCUUCCUCGCUACUUGCUCGCUCCGCCGUCUUACGCUCUUUCUUCAGGUUCGCUAGGCAUGGCGCGUGGAACAGUGCUCCCGACCAUGCGCCUCGUGCGGUACCCACAGCAAUGACCAUCCAGAGUGCGAUGACUGCAGUGCCAAAGAUAGUGCCCAGAAUGCGGAAGAAGCGAGAAGGCAACUCUUCG